AUGGAGCGGCCCACUGUAGUGCCCCUAGCGGUCCACCUACCGAAUGAGCAGAUAGUUACGUUCCCUGCUAACGCUACCACUGCAGAGUUAUCAGCCCGCCUGGAGCGAUCUGUAACUACGCUUACGGCGUUCUUCCAGCGCAACGCUGACCAUGAGUAUGGCCGUGAGGUCCUAUAUCAGGACUAUCCAUCCCAGUUUGUUUGGCACCUCCCGUCACGGACCUGGCACGUGCGUCAGCGCGGCACUGCGAUUAGCCGCAUGUACUUUUGCAGCCCGCUACAGGGUGAACGGUUCUAUCUACGGCUUCUCUUGACUACCGUACGGGGUCCACAGUCCUACGCGGACCUGCGUACCUUUAGCGGCACAGAGUAUCCUACUUUCCAGGCCGCCGCAGCUGCCCGCGGGUUACUGCUACACGAUGGAGACUGGGUAGCCUGCUUCCAGGACGCCGUUACGUUUGCCACAGGCCAGGCGUUACGGUACUUCUUCGUUGCUGCUCUCUUAAAUGGGCCUGUUACAGAUCCAGCUGCUAUCUGGGCAGCCUUCCAGGCGGAUUUGUGUGACGACUUACCUGAGGCUGCUGCUGCCCUGCUAGUAUCCGCAGAUCCAGACGCGUACCUUGACUACGGCCUGUAUCUGAUAGAAGGGCUGCUGGCAGAGUCUGGCAAACGUCUUACGGAUUUCUCACUCCCUGCGUGCCAGUUCAACUGGGGAGUACGGCUGCAGAAUCAGCUUCUUGCCACUGAGCUGGCCUACGAUACAGACGGGCAGGACACUGCCUUCUAG